CUCUAACUCACGCGCGCAACAGCCAUUUUUAAUUUUUUUCAAUUUUUUUUUUAUAAUUUCCCCUUUUUUUGCUUGGGGGUACUGCAGUACCCCCACAAUCCCUCUAAAUUUGCCACUGGUUAAAGGAGUUGUGAAGUUAAGGAGAGAGAGGGGAAGAUGGAGAGGAGGGUUUUAAGAGGGGUUGAAGAUGAAGAUAAGGAGGAAAGGGGGGAAAUUGAAGGUAUAAGAUAAUAUUAAUGGAGGAUGGUAAAAGGGAAAAUGAAAAAGAUGAAGACAGAGAGGAGAGAGAAAAACAAAACCUAACAACGUUGGGACUCCGUCAAUAGUAAAAAUAUUUUGAACACAAAAUUAAGUUCAGGUAUAUUUGAAAAGUUUAUCAAAUCUGAGGGGAGGAAAUAAAAAAAAAAAAAGGGGGAGUAAAACAUUGAAAGAAGACGACUUUAAAAUAAAGUAAGACCGAAGAAAAAGAAGAAAGCGCAGCAGAAAGGAACUGUCAAAACUGAAAACUGAAAGAAACCCCAAUCUCAAUCUGAUUACAUACGGAGGAGAGAGAAAAUGGAAGAAGUAGAAGAUGGAGAACAACCGCAGCAAUAUGAAGGACAAGGAGGAAAAGCUAUAGUAAUGUUAAUAAGUGGAACAUUAGUUUACUAUCAUUGCUCUUUUCGCAAUUCCACUUUUCUCUCUCUUCUCUCCGAUGUCUUCCUCGUUAUUCUCUGCUCUCUCGCCAUUCUCGGCCUUCUCUUCCGCCACUUCAACAUUUCUGUACCUGUGGAUCCGUUAGAAUGGCAGAUUUCACAAGACACUGCGAAUAACAUAUUUGCGUGCUUGGCUAAUACUGUUGGGGCUGCUGAGUCUGUUCUUCGGGUUGCUGCUACUGGUCAUGAUAAGAGGCUCUUUGUUAGGGUAGUUGUCAGUCUCUAUCUGCUAUCAGUUCUUGGAAGAAUGGUCUCCGGGGUGACAGUUGCUUAUGCUGGUUUGUGUUUAUUUUGCCUCUACAUGUUUGUUGAGAGCUCACUUCCAAUCAGUAGUCGACUAUCUCGGUAUUUAGCUAGACGAGAGAAUGCAGUAGAUUUACAAGAUUAGCAUGUAGGGAGCAGAGGCCUUGUUCCCUCAGCUAUACCUGUACAUGAGGAGAAGUAAAUUAGAUGUGCUGACUACAGGUGUACAAAAUUGUAGCUGUCACUCAGUUUUAGCUGUAUGUGUCACAUUUUUUGAUCAAUUUUAGUCAUUGGUAGAUUAAUUGGUUUAUGGGAAAAGCCAGAAUUUAAAGCAAGAAGCUUUAUUUGAUAUUAGUUCUCACAAUUUUAUGUAGGAGAUUGGUUAAUUUUAGUCUUUUGCUUCUCUUGAUUUUUUAUAAAGUUUAGUCAUUGGUAAA